AUGUUGGCCCUGAUAUUCCUCUUUAUCUGCGCUUUGACUGUUGGUGCUCAGCAAGACCAGGCCGGAACAUCCGAGAAACUGACGCAUACCUAUCAUCAGCAAUCUUCUCAAAUUUCAACUGGUUCCUGUUGCGUUCAGCCUCAAGCUCCAGCAAGAAGGCCCCUUGUCGAAUUUGGACGCUGGCCAAGCCUGCAACCACCUGUUCGCCAACAACAAACAAAAACCUGGCACAUUUCUGGCUUUUUGGAGAACUACCCCCGCACCUAUGGACACACCAAACAGUCUACCGUAACAACGAGUAGUGUUGAAUACAGCUUACAGCAGAAUGGCGAGCAGCAAACGCUGAGUCUCAGCUACAAUGAUGGGAAGUGCUUGGUCACAUUGGAUUCGAUCACGGAAAACGGGAAUCGGAGGGCUUUGGAUUUCAAUACCCAGCGGGAAGUUCGGGCUUAUACAAAUGCGAUGAAGGCAUGGCAGCAAAAGGUGAUGGCCGCAAAAGAACGUGGUGUUGCGAAUAAUUGGGAGGGUGAGCCAGACGUACCACGUUGCCCUUGUAAACCUGAGGUCUGUGGGGAAACAAUCACCGAAGUGUCUUCCAACCAGCCACAACCGCUUCUCCACACCGGCGAAUCCAAGCAGACAUGGGCUGACCAAUACAGUGUCCAACCCGUCGCUAAUAACAAUCGCUACGAGUUUCGCUUCAACAAUGGACGCUGCCUUGUGAAGGAUGGUGUAAUCACCGAAGACGGGAUUGUCAAGCAAUUGGGUUAUGCUGAACAACAAAAAUUAGAAGAAUUCAAGCGGGCCUUUGAGAACUAUACGAGGGAACUCCAUCAAAGCAUGCGCCAGCAGAUGGAUGACUAUUUACGUCGUAACAAACAGGACAUGCAGCUUCAGGUUCAGCAACCCCGGAUGGUCGAGCCGCCUUGCCUUUGCAGCGCUCAAGCCUGCGGAACGGAAGUGGCG